AUGGAUAUUCUAGGGAUCGUCGGUGUUGCAGCCGGCUCGGUGGCAAUACCCCUAUCUGCGGUUUCAACAACAACCGCUGUUGCAGGAAUUUCCCAAGGCCUCAGUGCCCAGCAGCAAGGCGCAGGCAAAGGGGGAGAUGAAGACGUAGACAAAGAGGACCCUCGCCUCGCUAAAUUCAACCUUUCAGUGCUCUGUUCAGACGAAACUUCAAGAGCCAAGAACCUCGUCCAGAACAAAAUGGUGGUUCUUCGCCAAGGAAAGCUUUACCUCGACGCUAUCGACGAGAACUAUCGCGUCUUCCCAGACGGCCACCCCUUCUCUGGGUUUUACAUCGACUAUCCAGCCGGUUCGAAACCACUCGGACUGGUUAGCACCAUUUCCCGCGAUCCACCCGAGUUGAACUGGAUAUACGCUGACAGGGAAGACGGGUCGCUGAAGUAUGGCAACAAGACGAAGAGCAUCAACCACAUCCAUGGUCCCUGGGACUGGACACCCGACCAGUCCGCGAUAACGCUAGAAGGUUGGGAAGGGCUUGUCGCUGUAGAAGAGACCCCGGGCGUUUUCUUCUUGGCUUACGAUCAGAACGACGAUCACUUGGCUUCUCUUGGAGAGAAGAGACGAGUAGUAGAGGUUAGCCUGCAGCGGCAUUUGGAACCGCCAAAGACAAAGGAGCAGAACUAG